AUGAUCGGUGCUCUCCGCAAGCUCGCGGUGGGCGCUCUGGCUGCCGCCGCGGCCCUGUCGAGUGUCGCCAGCGGCGGUCCUCUUGCCGAGCGCGCCGCAGACCGUCUCGUCUUUUGCCAUUUCAUGAUCGGCAUCGUCGGUGACCGCACGUCCUCCAACGACUACGACGACGACAUGCGCCGGGCCAAGGCCGCCGGCAUCGACGCCUUCGCGCUCAACAUCGGCGUCGACGGCUACACGGACCAGCAGCUCGGCUACGCCUACGACUCGGCCGCGCGCAACGGCAUGCGCGUCUUCAUCUCCUUCGACUUCAACUGGUGGAGCCCCGGGGACGCUGGCGGCGUCGGCGCCAAGAUCAAGCAGUACAAGGACCGUCCCGCGCAGCUCCGCGUCGACGGCCGCGUCUUCGCCUCGUCCUUUGCCGGCGACGGCCUCGACGUCGACGCCAUGCGCGGCGCCGCCGGCGAGAACGUCUACUUCGUGCCCAACUUCCACCCGGGCCAGUCCAGCGCCGACAAGAUCGACGGCGCCCUCAACUGGAUGGGUUGGCCCAGCGACGGCAGCAACAAGGCCCCCAAGCCCGGCCGCAGCGUGUCCGUGGCCGACGGCGACAGCGCCUACCAGAGCUGGCUCGGCGGCAAGACCUACCUCGCGCCCGUCUCGCCCUGGUUCUUCACCCACUUCGGCCCGGAGGUCUCCUUCAGCAAGAACUGGGUCUUCCCCGGCGGCUCUCUCCUCUUUGACCGCUGGAACGAGAUCCUCCAGAAGGGCUUCCCCAUGGUCGAGAUCGUCACCUGGAACGACUACGGCGAGUCUCACUACGUCGGACCCCUGAACUCGCCUCACUACGACGAUGGCAACUCCAAGUGGACCAACGACAUGCCUCACGACGGCUGGCUCGACCUCUCCAAGCCCUUCAUCAAGGCCUACAAGGCCGGCGCCAAGUCCGUCGACAAUUACAUCGACGACGAAAAGAUCAUCUACUGGUACCGCCGCACCCUCGCCUCUCUCGACUGCGACGCCACCGACACCACCUCCGGCCGGUCCGCCAACAACGCCUCCGGCAACUACUUCGAGGGCCGUCCGGACGGCUGGCAGACGCUGCCCGACGUCGUCUACGUCGCCUCCUUCCUCAAGUCCGCCGGCAUCAUCACCGUCACCUCGGGCGGGCAGACCCACACCGAGAAUGCGCCCGCCGGCGCCCACAUCUUCGCCGUGCCCGCGGCCGUCGGCCGCCAGACUUUCGCGCUCGGCCGCGGCGGCGCCACCGUGAUGCAGGAAACGUCGCUGAUGGACAUUGCCGACGUCUGCCCGUGCGGCCUCUACAACUUCAACGCCUACGUCGGCACCGUCCCGCACGGUCCGAGCGAUCCCUUGCAGGGCCACGGCCUCGCGUCGCUCACCAUCGGCCUGCACGUCAGCACCUGCGAGGCCCGGCCGUCGCUCGGCACCAACCCGCCCGUCCCCGGCGGCGGCAGCACCCCGCCGGGCAACCCGGUCACCUCGCCCACGGCCACGAACCCGCCCCCGACCUCUACGCCUCCCUCGGGGGGUCAGGUCUGCGUCGAGGGCACGGUGGCGGAUGGUGAGAGCGGCAACUACACGGGCCUCUGCAAGUUCAGCUGCAACUACGGCUACUGCCCGCCCGGCCCGUGCAAGUGCACGCGCUACGGCAGCCAGGUCAACCCGCCUCCUGAGACGGGCACCCGUGGAUGCCCUCUCCAGGGCGAGGGUGAUGGCUACAAGGGCCUUUGCAGCUACACUUGCAACCACGGCUACUGCCCUGACACGGCUUGCCGUGCUUGCUAG